CCCCCUCCGGGCUGGACCGCGGAUGGUACGUUCCGCACGUGAGCUGGGUGCUGGUCUGGCCGGCGACGCGCGUGCCCUGUGGCCAAACACUGCCUGGAGUGAGAGCAAACUACCAGCGCAGUGGGGCCGGCGCGAGUGUGCGUGUGUGUGCGUGUGUGUGUGCGAGCGCGGUGGAGGGGGGACCAACUGCUUCACACUUUCAACACUGCACUGAAGAGGGAGAGCGAGAGAGAGAGACUGGAGACGCACAGAUCCCCCCAAGAUCUCCCAAGCCUACCGUCCCACAGAUUAUUGUACAGAGCCCCAAAAAUCGAAACAGAGGAAACGAACAGCAGUUGAACAUGGACGAAGGAAUUCCUCAUUUGCAAGAGAGACAGUUACUGGAACAUAGAGAUUUUAUAGGACUGGAUUAUUCCUCUUUGUAUAUGUGUAAACCCAAAAGGAGCAUGAAACGAGACGAUACCAAGGAUACCUACAAAUUACCGCACAGAUUAAUAGAAAAGAAAAGAAGAGACCGAAUUAAUGAAUGCAUUGCUCAGCUGAAAGAUUUACUGCCUGAACAUCUGAAAUUGACAACUCUGGGGCAUCUGGAGAAAGCCGUAGUCUUGGAAUUAACUCUGAAACACCUAAAAGCUUUAACCGCCUUAACCGAGCAACAGCAUCAGAAGAUAAUUGCUUUACAGAAUGGGGAGCGAUCUCUGAAAUCGCCCAUUCAGUCCGACUUGGAUGCGUUCCACUCGGGAUUUCAAACAUGCGCCAAAGAAGUCUUGCAAUACCUCUCCCGGUUUGAGAGCUGGACACCCAGGGAGCCGCGGUGUGUCCAGCUGAUCAACCACUUGCACGCCGUGGCCACCCAGUUCUUGCCCACCCCGCAGCUGUUGACUCAACAGGUCCCUCUGAGCAAAGGCACCGGCGCUCCCUCGGCCGCCGGGUCCCACAACACCCGCACGGCCGCACCCACCUGCCCUUCGCCGGCCCCCGCGAGCCGGGGAACCCGGAGAGCUCUGCUCAGGAAGAUCCCUCGCAGCCAGGAAAGGAAGCACCCUGAAUCGUUGCGUCUCAAAGGACGGAGGUUCAAGCGGAGUGAGAAGUUAAAACACCCUUAACGUCUUUAAGGGAGGAAGUGUAAUAGAUGCACGACAGGCAUAAACAAGAACAACAAAACAGGUGUUAUGUGUACAUUUGGAGUUCCUGUUUUGCUCAUCCCUCACCACCCCACCCUCCACACACUAACAUCCCUUUCUUCCCCCCACCAGCUGUAAAAGAUCCUCUGCGAAAGAUAUAUAUAUAUAUUUUUUAAUAAUCCCCCAAAUAAGUUUUGUCCCCUUUUAGGCCAUGUUCCAUUAUCUCUUAAAAUUGGAACCUAAUUCGAGAGGAAGUCAGAAGGGUCUGUUCUAUGGGUAAGCUAGGUGAACCCCGGGGUAGGGGAAACAUGUUAACACCUUUGACGUCUUUGACUGAAGUUGACAUGGAACAGCAGAUAGUUGUUAUGUAGAGGUAGUUCUCAAAGCUGCCCUGCCUGUUUUAGGAGACUUUCCACAAACAGAUUGAGGAUCUUUUAGAAUUGAAUUUACUCUUCAGUAUUUUCUAAUGUUCAGCUUUCUAAAAGGCAUCUAUUUUUCAAAGAAGUGAGGAUGCAGUUGCUCACGUUGCAACUUAUUCUGAAGUGGUUUAAAUGGUAUCUCUUAGUAACUUGCACUUGUUAAAGAAACACGGAGCUGGGCCAUCGUCAGAACUAAGUCAGGGAAGGUGAUGGAUGAGAAGGCCAGAAUCAUUCCUAGUACAUUUGCUAACACUUUAUUGAGAAAUUGACCAUGAAUCAAUGGACUCACCUUAAUUUCUUUAUCUAUCUAUACAAAUUUCUGUUUAUCCAUAGGUAGGUAUCUAUACAUACACAUCUCGAGUGCAUCUAUUCCCACUCUCAUUAAUCCAUCAUGUUCCUAAAUUUUUGUAAUCUUACUGUAAAAAAGUGCACUGAACUUAAAAACAAAACAAAACAAAAGUCCAAACUGAUAUAUCCUAUAUUCUGCUAAAUGACAAAAGUGAACGAAAGCAUUUAACUGGUCAAUUUUGAUUGGAAAUGCUGUAAAGAUAUGGAAUGAAGUCCUGUGAGGCCUUCCUAUCUCCAAGUCUAUGUAUUUUCUGGAGACCAAACCAGAUACCAGAUAAUCACAAAGAAAGCUUUUUUAAUAAGGCUUAAACCAAGACCUUGUCUAGAUAUUUUUAGUUUGUUGCCAAGGUAGCACUGUGAGAAAUCUCACUUGGAUGUUAUGUAAGGGGUGAGACACAACAGUCUGACUAUGAGUGAGGAAAAUAUCUGGGUCUUUUCGUCAGUUUGGUGCAUUUGCUGCUGCUGUUGCUACUGUUUGCCUCAAACGCUGUGUUUAAACAACGUUAAACUCUUAGCCUACAAGGUGGCUCUUAUGUACAUAGUUGUUAAUACAUCCAAUUAAUGAUGUCUGACAUGCUAUUUUUGUAGGGAGAAAAUAUGUGCUAAUGAUAUUUUGAGUUAAAAUACCUUUUGGGGAGGAUUUGCUGAAAAGUUGCACUUUUGUUACAACGCUUAUGCUUGGUACAAGCUUAUGCUGUCUUAAAUUAUUUUAAAAAAAUAAAUACUGUCUGCAAGAAACCAACUGGUUUAGAAAAGUUUAGUAUGUGAAGAUAAACUAGAAAUUAUCUUUAUAUUCUAGUAUUUUCAGCACUCCAUAAAUUCUAUUACCUAAAUAUUGCCACACUAUUUUGUGAUUUAAAAAUUCUUACUAAGGAAUAAAAACUUUAAUAUACAGUAUGA